AUGCACCCAAAUUCAAGGGUAGCCUUAGCAGCACAGACCGACCCUUGCCCCGUCUGCCCCGGUGGUCAUUUUCAUUCACUCCACAUUACCGAGUCUCCUGCUCCUCAAGCUUAUCCGUACAAAGGGGACCUCGAGGUACCCAGCCUAUUUCGUUCCACAAGAUGGCUUCCUUCACGUCACAAAAUAUCCCCUGUUCCACGAGCCCAGCCCUCAUCUCCCACAGCCGCCAUGGACCGACUCCAUCCACUCGAAUCGAUGCGCUUAGCAAUCCAGAAAGCAUUACCGACUAUUACCGUCGAGUCUGUUAGCCCUUUACCGUCUUGCCGGCUCCUAAGGUUUUUCAGUAUUAAGAUCUCGGAUGGCAGAGCGUUAGUUCUCAGCCUUCCACCACCUCCGACGUUGAGGUUACUUCGGUCUGAGAGGGGGUUAAAUCUUUCAGAGACCCUUUUAACAAAAUGGAUGCUCGAAGGAGUACUAGAACCUCCCAGUAAGACUCAAAAUGCAAUCCAGGGGGAUAUCGGCCUCUAUCAACACGUUCAAAUCCGUCCAGGGGAGGUUAAACCAGAGAUCAGUUCUGAGAAAGAAUUCAACUGGAGACAGGAUGUGCUCAAGUUUCUUCCCGUCCUCGUUGCCCAUGUCCCUUCAUCGGCAGAACUGGGUGCUCCUUUCAACAUCUUCGAGCCAGCGAGAGGAGUUACUAUCGGCGAACUUCCCAUGUCCUUAACAGCAUCCGAGAGGCAGACCGUAGACUUUCAGAAAGGCCAACUUGUACGACAACUUUCGAGUUUCGUGUCACCGAACGGGCUCUUCGGACCGGCUACGGCAGUCGUCAGUCCCCAGUUACCAUCUACUGACUUACACGCGGCGCAACUAGCCAACCUCGGCCUUCGUAGCUCGAGGACGUGGAAGCAAACCUUCCACUCUCUCCUGGAGAGCGUGCUACGGGAUGCGGAGGACAUGGCCGUCACAAUCAGCUACGAGCCAAUAAGGAACUACUUUAACAGACUAAGCUACCUCCUAGAUGGUGUAACCACCGCUAGACUGGUUAUACUAGACGCGAGCGACGACCUGAACGUAUUAGUAUCGCGGGCUUCGAAGCAGGAUAUGGGUAAAGACAAGGACGGGGACGAUAACAAGUUAUUAGCGACGGCACCGGAAGCAAAGCAUACCAAAACGGAAGAUAUUUCCGAAAGAAAAGCAAUACCAGAAUACCACCACCACCAGCAAAAGGAGCAGCAACAGCAGACCAUCGCCGUCACAGGCCUCCGCGACUGGAGCAACAGCGUCUUCGGCGACCCCCUAUUCGCCGAAACUUUCAGCCAAGAUCCUUCAGCCGAUUUCUCGCGCGGCUUCUUCCACUCCCCUUCCCCUUCCCCAUCCUCUUCCUCCCCCUCCCUCCCCUCUUCUUCCCCCCCUCCUCCUCCUCCAAACACCCCCAUCGACGACCCAGACACCGCCCCCGUGCGGCUCCUCCUGUACGAGUGCUACCACGCGACCGUCGGCGUGGUGCAGCAGUUCUACCGCCCCGGCCCCGCCAGCAGCGACCGGGAGAUCGCGGCGCGGCGACGGCUCGCCGCGGCGCUGAAGCGGCUCGACGAGGUGGAAGGAGGAGGUGGAGGGGGAGGGGGAGAGGGGUUGUUGUUGGUGUUGGGGAGCUUAGGCGGCGCCGAGGUCGAUUCCGUGGGGAAGAGGGCCAGACGGCCUAGUGCGAAUGUUGAGGCGUGGCCUGUUAAGAAGACUAAGGCGGAGGGGGAGGGGGAGGGGGAUACUUCUACUUCUAAUGCAGGGUCAGGGUCAGGGUCUGGGUUUGAUGCGGGAGGAGGAAGAGGAAGAGGAAGAGGAGGAAUAGGAGUAGGAGUAGGAGUAGGAGUAAGGAUAAAAGAAGAGGAAGAAGUGUACGAGUCGAUAGAGAAAGACGAAGAUAUACAUGACGCACCUUGA